UAAGGAUUUUCAUAAUGACUUGCGACUCUUAUCAACUCUAUAUUACCCUAAACCUUCAAGGUGAGAAUAAUAGUCCACAGCAACAUGUCGAAACAAUUAGACAUUACAAGUGAGUAUAAAAAAACCGCAAAGCGGUUUUCUACGACAGAGUAUCUUCUGUUGGGUGCUGGACCCGUAAAUAUUUCCGAAAGAGUUGUUAAAGCUUUGUCGAGACAAUGUUUGAACCCUAUGGGGGCAGACAUGUUUCAGAUUCAAGACGAAAUAAAAGGCAUGUUGAGGUAUCUUUUCCAAACAAAAAAUAAUCUCACUCUUGUGAGUCAAACAUCAGGAAAUGGCGGAAAUGAAGCCAUUAUGGUUAAUCUUUUAGACCCCGGGGAUAGAGUAGUUAUAGCAAUAGGAGGUACUUGGGGCGAGAAAACAGUCGAUAUGGGACAAAGAUACAAUUUCGAUAUUCUCCCACUCAAGAAUAAUGCCGGCGAAAUUUUCACUCUACAAGAACUUGAAGAUGCAGUAGUACGACAAGCCAAAAUGUUAUUUGUGACUCAUGGAGAAUCCACAGGGGGAACUCUCCAACCUCUUGAAGGUCUUGGUGCUAUGUGUCACAAACAUGACUGCUUGCUUGCAGUCGAUGCUAUCGUUUCUAUUGCAGUAGAACCACUUUUUGUUGAUCGCUGGGAGAUUGAUGCUGUCAGUGCUGGUAGUCAGAAAGCUAUAGGUGCUCCUCCUGGUACUUGUAUGCUUAGUUUCAGUCCCAGGGCUGAGAAACGUAUGAGUGAGAUAAAGGUACCCCCUCCGUACUACUUGGAUAUGAGUAGAUUGGCAGUUUAUUGGAAGUGCACCCCUGGGCCACGACAGUACCAUUAUACAUUUUCCUCAAACUUACUAACUUCAGUACGAGAAGCUUUAGCUGAAAUUUGUGAAGAGGGUCUUGUCGAAGUUUGGGAGAGACAUGCAUCCACCACUAGACUUUUCUGGAAAAAACUUGAAGAAAUUGGUCUUAAACCAUUCGUAAAAAAUGUCAAGAAUCGGUUCGUAGGAGUCACUCCCGUGAUGCUACCUCCAGAAAUUGAUCAAAUGGAGUUUCUCAACUUUAUGCGGCAAAAGUACCAGAUAGAUAUCACUCCCGGCUAUGGCCCCACUUUGGGUAUAGCCAUCCGCAUCGGCUUCUUAGGCCAGAAUAGUAGACCCGAAAUGGUCGAAUACAUGGCAGAAGCGUUAAAAGCCGGUCUCAAGCACUUUAAGAAGUGAUAAAU